AAGCCACAUAAAAGCAAAAGACAAUUAAAGUUACAUACAACUAACCUAUUUGUUAACAAAGGAAAAAAUAAAAUAAUUUCAGUGAAUGUGGUCUGUCAGAUAUGGUUUUGGGAUAGAAAAUAACAGAGUAAACAUCCCAAAUCAAGUUUAUUUCAAAAGUUAGACAUUUAAUCAAAGACUAAGCUUGAAUGAGUAUGUCUUUUGAUAUUUUAUAAGAGAGUUAUAGUUAGAACUCAUGCUGUGCUUGUUUUCCAUAAAAUGGGUCAGCACGGUCGUAAUCCCUCUUUGCUAGACCACUUAAGUGGCUGACAGGAAUUAUAGUAAAGGCCAUUUUAAUCUCCUGAAAGGCUGUUUUAAUUCAACUCCUUUUGUAGAAUCUAGAGCAUGUGACCACAAUCUAAGCAGUUAUUGUGUAAGACGAGCUUCUUGCUGUAUAAAGGAGCUCACACAUGUUUGCACCUAUAUCAUUCUCAAGAGAAUGUCUAUUCAUGAAAGUGGCAUAAAACUCUGCUGACUGUCUUCCUGUUGAGCUCUACAGUCAGUUUUUCCCUGACAUUCCACAUUUUUCUUUUUUUGAAUCAUCGAGUCACAGAAGGAAGCAUAUUUUCUUCUCGACUUUCACUUCUCUAAUACGCUCCAGAAGGACGGCUCGACGUUUUUUUUGUGCUUCUUUGGGUUUUUCUUUUUGCUGCUUUUUUCCUGUUUGGAUUUUAAGCAUUUAAUUUCAGAACAGAUGUGUAACUCAACGCAUGAGGCUGCACUUUGUGCCAUAAAAUUGCAUCCGAUGUGGCAGGAGCCGCUCGCCAUUCCCGGUGGAGAUCGCCAGUCGCCUAUUGACAUUGUGGUGCGGAAAAGCGUCUUUGAUCCACAGCUCAGACCGUUGAAGGUACAAUAUGACCCAAGGACCUGCCAGCAGAUCUGGAAUAAUGGCUACUCUUUUCUGGUUGAGUACGACGACACAACUGACAAAUCCACUGUGAAAGGAGGACCAUUGGAGGAUCAGUUCAGACUGUGUCAGUUUCAUUUUCACUGGGGGGAGAACAACGCCUGGGGAUCUGAACACUCCAUAGACCGCCGUCUUUUCCCUGCUGAGCUUCAUCUUGUUCACUGGAACUCGGACAAGUACAGUUUGUUCGAGGAGGCUGUUAUUGAAGAGAAUGGACUAGCUGUUAUUGCGGUCUUUCUGAAGAUUGGAAAGAGACACGAAGGUUUGCAGAAACUGGUGGAUGCCUUGCCUGCAGUCAGGCACAAGGAUAGUUUGGUAGAGUUCACCAAGUUCGACCCUGCAUGUCUCCUCCCGGAGAACAUCGAUGACUACUGGACAUAUGCAGGUUCUCUGACCACUCCUCCUCUUACUGAGGCAGUGACAUGGAUUGUGAUGAAACGGCACAUUGAAGUCAGUCAUGAUCAGUUGGCAGUGUUUCGAAGUUUGCUGUUCACAUCGGCAGAAGAGCAGGUGCAGAGAAGCAUGGUCAACAACUUCCGUGUUCAGCAGGCUGUGAAGGGACGGACUGUCCGUUCUUCUUUCACCCCCUUCCUCCAAGAUGCUCCCUCUAUGAAAUAGCAACAAAACUGAGUGACCUAAUUCACAUCUUAACCUCCAAAACAAGCACAGACUCAUCAGUCACACUUUAUUGUGGACUUUUGGUAUCCAUAAUGUCUUAACUAGGUAAAAAAAAAAAAAAAAAAAAUCAUUUCCAAC